UCGGGAUGGUUUUUUAAGAAAAGAUUGCUGGGGGGCCUCGAACCGAAUGGGUGCCCUUAUUGUUGUCAUAAAACUCACCUGUGCACGGAGGCCGUGCACUCGUCCGGGGUCCCCACGGGCAUGGGGCCUGCUGACGAACGCAAGGUUCCUCCCAUGUAACGCGUGUUCGUUUUACAUGAAGUCCUCCGUUCAGAGACUGUCUUCAGGACAAAGAGAAGGAAGGGGAACUUGUCUGAACAAAAGGAGUUUUCCUCUGAGCCAGGCCAGCCUGGAGCCUCCGCAGGGCGAAGCGGCCCCUCCUCCCCUGGCAGACACCUCUCCGCGGCGGCGGGGUUCCUCCCAGAGUCUCCAUGAGGACAAAGGGCGUGCACUCCCCGGCCAGGACGCCCCAGCCUUUCCUCUCGCUGCCAAGGUCCAUGCCAAGGCCCCGGGACAUGCAGAAGCUUCCCGAGGGCCCGACCCGCCACCAUGCGGCCCCACCUGCGGAGACUCGCUCACCUGGGCCGCGCUGCGCACUGGCUCCUGCUCUUGGCCGGCUUGCUCUUCCUCCUGUUCACCCUGCCCGCCUUCGUUAAGGAGCCGAGCACAAAGCCCACAAGGCAUCAUGGGAUAGAGGACACUAAAGAGAAGUCCUGGCCACCACUGAAGGAGACCUCGCCCCCAGAACCCCCCGUGGACAGAAGGGACCCCACCCACGCAGGGUUCGCACAGGAGAGCAGCACGCUGGACACGCGCCCUGAGGCCACGGGCCACACAGAGGCCACGGGCCACACGGAGGCCACGGGCUACAUCGCCACCAGAGCGCCCGGCACAGCCAGGACGGCACUGUUCAGGAGUCAGGGCACCACGGUGGGCACACCGUCCCUGAGCAGUCAGGUGGGGGGGCCGGCCCCCCCUGGGACGGAGGCACCGCGGGCCCUGGAUGCGAGGACAAGCAAAGGGAGGAGGGACAGCAUCAGGACGCCCAUGCUGGAAAGCCGGGCUGGGGUGCUGACCCCCACGGGAGCAAGGUCACCCACGAAGGAAACCAAAGGAGUGACCACAGAGACGGCCGCCCCACGCGCCACCCCUUCCCGGAGCCCCGUCACACAGACCACCCCCAGACUGCGGGCCGCCAACUUCAAGGCUGAGCCCAAGUGGGACUUUGAGGAACAAUACAGCCUGGACGUGGGGGGCCUGCAGACGACCUGCCCCGACUCCGUGAAGGUGAGAGCCUCCAAGUCGCCCUGGCUCCGGCAUCUCUUCCUGCCCAACCUCACCCUCUUCCUGGACUCCAGACACUUCAACCAGAGCGAGUGGGAGCGCCUGGAGCACUUCGCCCCACCCUUCGGCUUCAUGGAGCUCAACCACUCCUUGGUGCAGGAGGUCGUGACCCGCUUCCCUCCGGUGGCCCAGCAGCAGCUGCUCCUGGCCGGCCUCCCCGCCGGGAGCACCCAGUGCGUCAGCUGCGCCGUGGUGGGCAACGGGGGCAUCCUGAACGACUCCCACGUGGGCCAGGAGAUAGACGGGCACGACUACGUCUUCCGAUUGAGCGGCGCUGUCACUAAGGGCUACGAGCAGGACGUGGGCACGCGGACAUCCUUCUACGGCUUCACCGCCUUCUCCCUGACGCAGUCACUGUACCUGCUGGGCAGCCGUGGCUUCCAGCACGCGCCCCUGGGGAAGGACGUCCGCUACCUGCACUUCCUGGAAGGCACCCGGGACUAUGAGUGGCUGGAGGCGCUGCUCCUGAACCGGACGGUCAAGCAAGGCAGCCUCUUCUGGUUCAGGUACCCCGCCCCACUCCGGCGCACACAGACCCCGAGAAGAGGCCAGGGGGGAGCGACACAGGCCGUUUCUCCACCGACCUCGACGCAGGUGAGCGCCUACGGCUUCAUCACCGAGGGCCACGAGCGCUUCUCCGACCACUACUACGACCGGACCUGGAAAAAGACGGUCUUUUACAUCAACCACGACUUUGCCCUGGAGAGGGCGCUCUGGAAGCGGCUGCACGACGAAGGGAUCAUCCGGCUGUACCAGCGCCCCGUGGCGCCCAAGCCGAAGGUCUGAUGGGCCCCUCGGGCCGGGCCAGGGAGGGAACAGCGUCUGUCCAUCUGUCCGUCUGUCCGCACCACGAGGGACGCCCUGAGGCAGCCGUGACUGGCGUUGGGGGCUUGGGAAGCUGCCGAAGGUUCUGUCCCAGGUUGGGGAGGACAGGGUGCCUUUCUUUCCUUUUUCCUCCUUUUGAAUCCUCACCAGAGGGCAUUUCCCG